AUGGGUGUAUACGAGGAAGCUAAGUUACGUCUAGGUGAUCUGCAAAAGAGAAUACAGCGUAUUCAUGAUGCCGGAUUGGAACUUUCGGAUCCAAAAGCUACGAAAACCAGUGUUACUAAAUUUAAAAUAAUGUACACUACUCUCGAGAACUUGCGAGAUGAUUUUGAAUUACAAAUAACAACGAUAAUUCGUCAUUUGAGCAAGAUUGGUUCAACUGCAGAGGAUGUCGUCACAGAUAAAAUACGCUCGGAGUUCGAAGAAGUGUAUUUUAAGUGUAAAAUAAUUGCAGAUGAAUUUUUACCUGAAGCGAAUUCAAAUGCAGAACUAAAUCAGACCUUUAUUGAACCAAGACGUAAGGAACCUACUUCCACCUUUUUACCGAUUGAAAAAUUAGCGAUUCCGAAAUUUAGAGGUGAUCCAAAAGAGUACACUAAUUUUCGUAAUCUGUUUGAUACUAUCAUACACGAAAAUGAACAUAUAAAAACAGUCGCUAAGUUCGGAUAUUUAAAAUUCUAUCUUGAAGGAGAGCCCUCAAAACUGGUAGGGAAUCUAAUGUUAACCGACCGUAAUUAUGAGUUAGCUUUGUCACAAUUGACAGCGAGAUAUUCAAACCGUCGUAUCAUCGCAGAAAGUCACUUAGAUGAACUUUCAAACGCACCUAAAGCAACUUUUAGUGACGGUACGUCUAUUAGGAACUUACUGAAUGUGGUUACAGAGUCUACGGGCGCCCUGGAAAAUCUGACCUAUCCAGUGGACCAAUGGGAUCCUGUGCUGCUGCACUUACUACAGAAGAAAUUGGACCAACCACUCAGAGCGCAAUGGGAGUUACUAGUUGAUACUACCGAAGAUCCAACCGUUAAGGAAUUUAUAACCUUUUUAACCAAAUAUUGCAAAUCUGCAACUGUGAGCCAAAUCAGUAAUGAAGUUGUGAAACCGUAUAUUAAAGGAUAUAAAUCGUCAAAACCAACCGUUAUGUUCAGUAGUCAGCAAGCACAAAAAACGGUAACUAAUAAGUUUCAGCGAUAUGACCAUGGUGAAAAAAAAACGUUCUCAUGUCAAGUAUGCAACGAACAACCUGGUCAUCUUCUCAUUCACUGUUCUCAAUUCAAAGAGAAAAAUCCACAGGAACGUUACCAGAUAAUCAAAGAUUUAAAUCGAUGUUUUAUGUGCUUCAGCGAACACCUAGCCAACCAGUGUAAAAAUACGAAAAAAUGUUAUGAGUGUGGAGGAAGACACCAUACCAUGCUCCACCUUCGGGUUACAGAAUCAUCAAGUACCAUGCCAGAGCAGAGUGUCACAGCUCAUGUAACGAUGGCCGCCACACAAAAUCGUCGUCUUCAUAGCUCAAUAUUAUUAUCCACCGCUUCAGUGAGAAUACAGAACGAAAACGGCCAUUAUAUUACAGUAAGGGCACUCUUAGAUAGUGCUAGUCAAAGCAGCUUUAUCACGGAAGGCUGUGUAAAGCGAUUAGGUCUGAACCGAAUGAAGAGUGAGGUUAUGAUACAAGCACUAGCAGGUACACAGGUACCAGCAGUAAGAGGGAAAACGAAUGUAGUUGUAUGUCCUGUUAGUUGCGAUGAACCGCGUUUCACGUUAGAUGUCUUGAUACUAACCCGAAUCACCGGAUCCCUUCCCUCAAACCGUAUCCAAGUCGAAUCGUGGCCUCACUUGGAAGGAUUGAACUUGGCAGACCCACAAUAUAACGAACCGUUACCGAUCGACCUGUUGAUCGGAGCAGAUAUGUUUCCAUAUGUCGUAUCGGGAGAAAAAAAACAAGGAGAUGUUAAUCAGCCGAUAGCAUUCUCUACUGUGUUUGGGUGGGUACUUAUGGGUAGAAUUUCCAGUCCAGUCGCUUCUAUACCUGUUACCAUGUGUUCAACUUUGGAGUCCAUUGACCGGACUUUUAAACAAUUCCUAGAAGUAGAGAAUGUACCAACCGUGGUAAAAAAUACGCCAGAGGACAUUGAAUGCGAGGAAAUAUACAAGGAAACUACCAAUCGUCAACCGGAUGGUAGAUAUAUUGUAAACUUACCGUUCAAGCAAAAAUUACCUCUUUUGGGUAGCUCCAAGGAUCAAGCGUUAUGUCGACUAAGACAAUUGGAAAAUAGAUUUCAAAAAUCACCUGAGUUACGAAAAGAGUACAAUAAGGGAAUGCGAGAUUACUUAGAUACUGGACAUAUGUCAGAAGUAGAACAUGAGCAAAAAAGUGAACGUAAUUCUUACUAUAUUCCACACCAAGCAGUCGAACGACCUGGGAGCACUACCACAAGAAUGCGCAUUGUUUUUGAUGCCUCAAUGAAGACAACCUCUGGGAUGUCAUUGAAUGAUCAUCUCCAUUGUGGACAAAAACUUCAACAGGACUUGCCAGGUAUAGUUUUACGAUUCCGUCUUCACCCUAUUGUAUUCACUGCAGACAUAAAACAGAUGUUUCGGCAAAUAAAUGUCACCGAAACCCAUCGAUCUUAUCAACGAUUGCUAUACCGAUUCUCAUCCAAUGAAGACAUCCAGGUAUAUGAAAUGAAUACCGUUACGUUUGGGUUGAGAUCAUCACCUUUUCUCGCUAUACGAACCCUUCAUCAAUUAGUCCAAGACGAAGCAACAAAUAAUCCAAAAAUACAGACUAUCGUAAAACGGGACAUGUAUGUAGAUGAUAUAGCCACUGGUGCUGAAAACGAAGAGGAGGCCAUAAAGAUGCAACAAAAUCUAGUCAGCAUAUUCGCAAAAGGACAAUUUGAGUUGCGAAAAUGGUCCAGUAAUUCAAAGAAGCUAUUAGAAAAUAUUCCAGAAGAUCAUCGUCAAACCCAUCCAGUCGCGUUUAAGGAAUACGAUUCGGACUACACCAAGGUGCUUGGACUCAACUGGCAACCGCGUGUGGAUUCCUUCAGUUAUAGUUAUCAACCUAACCCUGUGCGAUUUAGCAAACGCGCUAUAUUGUCUGAAAUUGCAAGAAUUUACGACCCCCUUGGGCUACUAGCACCAGUAACCACAGAUUUAAAACGACUUAUGAAAUACCUGUGGCUAGCAGAAGUUGGAUGGGACCAGGAAAUACCAGAAGAAGCAAUUGUUGCGUGGAGAAAAUACCAUGAACAACUACCAGUCCUCGCAACCCUGCGAAUCCCACGUCAAGUUACCCAACCAAACUCCGUGUACGAGUUACAUGGAUUCAGCGAUAGUUCCGAGGCCGCCUAUGCAGCAGUCGUAUACUUACGUGUAGACUCCGGAAAUGAGGUGACUUGCAAACUACUCAUGGGAAAAUCAAAAAUAGUUCCAGCGUCAAAAAUGUCUAUUCCGAGAUCAGAGUUGUGCGGCGCAUUGCUUCUAGCUCGUUUACUUGAAUUUAUAAAACCAAACCUCGUUAAUCUGGAUAUAGGGCAGGUUAUAGCAUGGUCAGAUUCAACCGUCACCUUAGCAUGGAUAAAAACUCCCACAGCAAAACUGAAGACCUUUGUUGCAAAUCGUGUGGCAAAGAUUCAACAAGUUACCUGUAUUGACACUUGGCGCCACGUUCCUACGGCAGAGAACCCUGCCGACUGCGCUUCUCGGGGCUUAGGACCUAAAGACUUAGCGACGCAUGAACUUUGGUGGAAUGGACCAGAAUUUCUCCGCCAUGGCCCUAGCGAUUGGCCUCAAAAAAUUCAAAUGUCACCAACGGAUUCCCUCGAAGAAGAAAUAGAAGAGAAACCUGUUACACUGACUGCUGUAAUAAAGGAAGAAGAAGUCGCACUGUUGCACCAUUCUGAUAACUUACCAAAAAUUUUAAGAUUAACCGUUUAUUUGUUACGUUUUCGAAAUCGACUAAGGGAUAAAACAUUUGCAUUAACCACUGCACUUCCAACAUCUGAAGAAACAGACUUCGCCUUGCAAGCCCUCGUGAGAUGGACACAACAUGUGUUUUUCGCCGAUGACAUCAAGCAACUUGAACAGGACAGACCGUGCUCAAUGAAAUUACGUAAACUUGCUCCGUUCCUGGACAAGCAUGGUCUUCUCAGGGUGGGCGGUCGUCUAGCUAAUGCGAAGAUGCCAUACAAUGAAAAAUAUCCCCUCUUACUGCCCAAGUGUUCACGUCUUACUGCGUUACUAAUUGAUUAUGUUCAUAGAACCCAAAGUCAUCCCGGACCUCAAACACUUCAGAACAUCUUGUGUCAAGAUUAUUGGAUAUUGUCAGCUCGUAGUAUUAUCAAAAAAAGGACACAUAAAUGCAUUCCAUGUUUUCGAGUGAAACCACGCAUGUCGCAGCCGGUCAUGGGAAAUCUACCACCAUACCGUUUAGCACAAAUCAAACCUUUCUCAAAAGUUGGAGUUGAUUUUGCUGGACCGUUUGACGUCAAGGCUGCCAUGCUGCGAAAAGUUAAGGUAACAAAAGCUUAUAUUUGUGUCUUCGUUUGCAUGGUCACCACCGCCAUCCAUAUAGAGCUUGUAUCCGACCUGUCUACCCCCCUUUUUAUAGCAACAUUAGAUCGUUUCAUUAGUCGAAGGGGUCGAUGUUCUGACAUAUACAGCGACUGUGGAACCAACUUUGUGGGUACGCACAGGUAUUUAAAAGAAAUCGAUGCUAUUAUUCGUCAGCCUAACUAUGCCCAACACGUCGUGGAAAACCAGAUAAAAUGGCACUUCAAUCCCCCUGCAGCUCCUCACAUGGGUGGCCUCUGGGAAGCUGCAGUGAAGUCAGUAAAAACCCUGCUCCACCGAAUUAUAAUGGAUCGAGUGUUAACCUACGAGGAACUGAACACAGUCCUCCACCACGUAGAAGCCACGCUUAAUUCUAGACCCCUAAGUGCAAUGUCUUCAGACCCCAGCGAUUUCAGAACGCUGACAGCUGGACAUUUCUUAACCAUGGAACCUCUUGUCGCUAUCCCAGCACCCAAAGAACCGGACCAAUCCAUAAUGAUAAGUCUACGUAAACGAUGGUCACUAGUUCAGCAAAUCCAACAUCAUUUUUGGAGCCGUUGGCAAAAGGAGUACCUCCACACUUUGCAAGAACGACCAAAAUGGACUCGAGUCACCCCCAACCUUCAGAUCGGGGACCUAGUUAUCGUCAAGGAGCCCACUCCACCUCUCACCUGGAGAACAGCAAGAGUGAUUGAAGUCCACCCGGGGAUGGAUGGAGUUGUCAGGGUAGCCAAAAUACAAACCGCCACCGGUAAAGUGCUAACCCGGCCCGCAGUCAAGUUAUGUCCGAUGCCACUUCAUGAUUGA